UAAUGGAAUAAGUUAUUUAAGUCACUACAUCCAAUUAUUCUGAAAAGGUCAAUAAGGAAGGAAAGGCAGCCUUAAUAUUUGUUGGAGAUGUUCUAGCUGAAACUGGUUAAUCAUGGUGCUCAGAUACUGUUGAAGCAGAACCUACUAUCAAGAAUUAUGCAAUUCCACAAUUGUUGUAGAAAGGAUAUACAGUAUAUUGGUGUUGGACAGGUGAUAAGGAAACGUAAUAUAAUACUAAUUUUAUUAGAUGGAAAGAUCCAAACAACCCAGCUAGAGUCUCUGAAUGGAUUUAGAUCAAAUCAAUUCCAACUUUAUUAUUAGUCCAUGAAAAUAAAGAAGCAAUAAGAUUUGAAGAAGAAUAAUUAUUCAAUGAAAAUGCAUUGAAAUAAUUUUUAGAAUAAUGAA